AUUCCGCUAUAAAUUCAUUGUUCCACCUCCUCUCAUCUUCACAUUUCUCUCCCUUCUCCUCUUGUUCACAUCGACAGACUGGGGAUAACAACAACAUCAACAACAACAACAAAGAUACGGGGAGGGGGCUUUUACAAAAAACCGAGACGUUUUGCACUUCUUGGUAGUUUUGGGGUUUGGUUUGGGUUUUGCUUUUGGUUUGUUUUUUCACUUUUGGGUUUGUUUUGUUUUGUUUUAGUUGGUUGGUUGGUUUGGGGUUUUUUUCCCUUGGUUGUUUUUUUCUUUUCUUUUCUUUUAUUUUCUUUUUCUUUUCUUUUCUUUUCUUUUUUUUUUUUUUUUUAACUUUUAACCAUCUCACCGGAGACGAUCGAGGCAACUUUCGGUGCCUGAAUUUCUUCUCUCCCCUUCUUCUCUUCAUAACACAAGGGGGCAAAAGAAGGAAAGGGAGUCCACCGGAGCCCGAGAAAGUGCCGAGUCGCAGCAGACCUGCCCCCUACCCCUGCUGCUGCUGGUGAUGAUCCGGUAACUACAGCAGAGAAGUGGAAAAGGAGUGGAAGUGCUCAGACUUCUCUACUUGCCGGGUCCGAGCCUCCUCUCCUUUUUUUCGCUCCCCUCUUUGCCUCCCCAGCAGCAGUGAUUUGGGAUUUUUUGCCUCUUUCUCUCCUUCCAUGUGCUCCCAGCUCUUCCCUGCAGAGAAACACAAAGUUCACACGCGAGCGGCUUUUGUUGACAUUUUUUUUUCUUUCCCACUCACACUUGACUCGAGUUUGGGAGGGACAACUUUUCUGUUCGGGCUUGGGGGUUUUGUCGUUGUUUGGUGGGUUUUUUCCUUUCUUUCUUCCUUUCUUUCUUUCUUCUUUUUCCUUUUUUGCCCUCCUCUCGUUCCUCUUUCUCUCCUUCCCUUAACUACAUAGCCACACUCUUCCGACCGGCUCUUUCCGCCUCCCUUCCCUAGUCUUGUUAUUAUUACUACUACUAAUUAUCACCGCCACUGUGGCCGCUCCUGACGGCGAAGCAAGCAUGUUGCUGAAGCUGGUCACCCUGCUACUGGCUGCCAAGCUGCACAUCGCUUUGGCUCAGGCGCCGGCACCUGCCGACGACGGAGCGCCGCCGCCCCGCGCUGCUGCUGCCGCCGCCGCCGCCCCACCGCCGCCCCGACCCCAGCCAGGCCCUCCCCCCGGGCCGCCUCGCCGCCCCCAGCUGCCCCGCGGAGCCAGCGGCGUCGUGCAGCGCCUCGAUCCGACGUACGCGGGGGGCGGCAAGGCGGGAUACGUCCUCUACGCUGGGGGCCAGCGCUUCCUUCUUGACCUGGAGCGCGACGAGGCAGUGGGGGCGCGGGCGCCGCGGGCCGGCCGGCCGGCGCGCUGCUACUACCGCGGCACAGUGGACGGCAGCCCCCGCUCCCUGGCUGUCUUCGACCUCUGCGGCGGCCUCGACGGCUUCUUCGCCGUUGGCCGCUCCCGCUACACCGUCAGACCGGCGCGGCGCGGCGGGGAGGCAGCCGGCCCACGGAUCUACGGGGAGGGCCCGGCCCGUGUCCCGCACAUCUUCCGUCGAGACCGAUUCAGCUUCGAGACAGUGCCGGCACGCACCAGCUGCGAGACGCGCGACAUUGCCGGGGCGGCGGUGGUCGCGGCCGGGGUCACUCGGCGGCGUCGACGUCGCUCCGUUUCCCGGGCCCGGCAGGUGGAGCUGCUGCUGGUAGCCGACUCCUCCAUGGUCCGCAAGUACGGGAAGGGACUGCAGCACUACCUGCUUACCUUGGCCUCUAUCGCGUCCCGGCUCUAUGCCCACGCCAGCCUGGAGAACCACGUCCGGCUGGCUGUGGUGAAGGUGGUGGCCCUGGGGGAGAAGGAGAAGGGGCUGGAGGUCAACAGGAAUGCCGCCACCACCCUCAAGAACUUCUGCAAGUGGCAGCACCAGCACAAUCGCCUCGACGAUGACCACGAUGAGCACUAUGAUGCUGCCAUUCUGUUCACCCGCGAGGAUUUAUGUGGGCAUCAUUCAUGUGAUACUCUGGGAAUGGCAGACGUUGGGACCAUAUGCUCUCCUGAGCGCAGCUGUGCGGUGAUUGAAGACGACGGCCUCCAUGCAGCUUUUACAGUGGCUCACGAAAUUGGGCACUUGCUUGGGCUUUCUCAUGAUGACUCCAAAUUUUGUGAGGAGAACUUUGGUUCCAUGGAAGAUAAGCGCCUAAUGUCCUCCAUUCUGACAAGCAUUGAUGCUUCAAAACCCUGGUCCAGAUGCACUUCAGCAACUAUAACAGAGUUCUUCGAUGAUGGUCAUGGUAACUGCUUGCUGGACCAACCAAGAAAGCAGAUCCUGGGCCCUGAGGAGCUUCCAGGACAAACCUACGAUGCCAUUCGUCAAUGCAAACUGGCGUUUGGGUCUGAAUACACAGUGUGUCCCGGUAUGGACGUCUGCUCUCGCCUCUGGUGUGCAGUCGUGCGCCAAGGUCAGAUGGUUUGUCUAACUAAGAAACUGCCUGCUGUGGAGGGAACACCAUGUGGAAAAGGGAGGAUCUGCCUCCAGGGAAAAUGUGUUGACAAAACCAAGAAGAAGUACUACUCAGCUUCAAGCCAUGGUAACUGGGGGUCCUGGGGACCUUGGGGACAAUGCUCCCGUACCUGUGGUGGAGGAGUUCAGUUUGCUUAUCGUCACUGCAAUAACCCAGCUCCUAGAAACAACGGCCGGUACUGCACUGGCAAGCGGGCCAUCUACCGCUCUUGCAACGUCACACCCUGCCCAGUCAAUGCUAAAUCUUUUCGACAAGAGCAGUGUGAAGCAAGGAAUGGCUAUCAGUCUGAUGCAAAAGGUGUCAAGACAUUUGUUGAAUGGGUCCCCAAGUAUGCUGGAGUACUUCCCGGCGAUGUUUGCAAGCUCACUUGCCGAGCCAAAGGAACUGGCUAUUAUGUGGUAUUUUCUCAGAAGGUAACUGAUGGUACCGAGUGUCGACCCUACAGCAAUUCGGUCUGCGUCCGGGGAAAAUGCAUAAGAACUGGUUGUGAUGGCAUCAUUGGUUCAAAGCUCCAGUAUGACAAAUGUGGAGUGUGUGGAGGAGACAAUUCCAGCUGCACAAAAGUCAUGGGAACUUUUACCAAAAGGAGCAAGGGCUACACAGAUGUAGUGAAAAUCCCAGAAGGGGCAACUCACAUCAAAGUUCGGCAGUUCAAGAAUAAAGACCAGAGCAGGUUCACUGCCUACCUGGCCCUGAAAAAGAAAAAUGGUGAGUACCUUGUCAAUGGAAAAUACAUGAUCUCCACUUCAGAAACAAUCAUUGACAUCAAUGGGACUGUCAUGAACUACAGCGGCUGGAGUCACAAAGAUGAUUUCUUGCAUGCAAUGGGACACUCUGCAACAAAAGAGGUUCUUAUUGUGCAGAUACUUGCAACUGAUCCAACUCAACCAGUGGAUGUCCGCUACAGCUUCUUCGUGCCAAAGAAGCAAGGGCAAAUGACUAACUCUGUCAUUAGCAGUGGCAGCAGCAGCAAAGUAACUCCAGAGCUCACACAACCCCGCUGGGUUACGGGGCCGUGGCUUUCUUGUUCUCGAACAUGCGACACGGGAUGGCACACCAGGACUGUCCAGUGCAAAGAUGGGCACGGAAAAUUAGCUAAGGGAUGUCUUCUCUCUCAGAGACCAUCAGCAUUUAAACAGUGCUUGUUGAAAAAGUGUUAACCUGUGGUUGUGAUCUUCUUUUUAAAAAGAGGCUUUAUUAAGCCAUUGUUGACAUACUGGUAUUAGGUCUGCCCAGUCAGAGAGAAGCAAAGGCUUCAAUGUACUUAUCUACAGUCUCAAAUUAUGGGCAGAAUCUGCCUAUUUGGACCAAAUGAAGAGGUGCACUGCUUUCAGUAAUAGUAAGGUGAUCUUAAUAUGUCAAAACCUAAGCAUUAGAGUUGUUAUAUGCCCUCUAUGUCUGCAAAAAUAUAAAAUAAAAUAAUGCAAAAGAAGAAAAAACAGUGGAUCGAGGAUCCUGGGAUAUUUGAAGGUUACAGAAUCAUCUCCCCUUCUUCACCUACCUCUAAUACAGUAUGUCCUUAGAAAACAUCACAUGUACCCAUGAUACUACAGUAGCUUAUUUCAUGCUGUUUUGUAAAUAUCUUUCUUUUGGUAUGUCACUUUAUAUCACUUGGUUCUAUUAAAAAAAUCAAAAGACAAACUAGAUAAGCAAAGAGAUUGACCAAAGUAUAUCUGCAGCUCUUGUGGGCAUGGUCCACUCUUCAGAAAGGGCUGCAGAUGUUUUACUGGAAAAUUAAGAGCUUGCUGCUGGUUCUAAGGUUUUGACAAAAGGAAUCAUUUUUAUGCUAGGAAUUUCCUGAAGCAGAUCUUUAUUCUUUGACAAAUACUGUGUUUUUUCACCAGUGAAUUCUCAGGAGCACUGCAGCAGUUUGCAGGCCAGGGAUCCCUACUGCUCAAAUGCCAGCACCAACAGCCACUCCUCACCAUGCGUACCAGACAAAGAAGGAGGAGUUGGACUGCUAGAGGAAAUUUGUGUACACUUUUCUAGUAAACCUUCUGCUAGUUUCAUCUGUGUCACAGCUUGGGGUCUUUGACCAAUAGCUGCUAGCUUCUUUCCAUAAAACAAAGGCAUACUGUAAUUUGUAGAAACAGUUAGAGAACCAAAAAAUCACAGGUAAGUUAAGUGUCUUCUAACUCAGAUAUUCUGAGGUAUAUUCAGCUGCUUUCUCUGUUAUUUUCUCUAUGGCUUCUGCCUUGACUCUAACAAUGUGUAAUGUACCUACAUCUUCUGAAGAGGCUAUAAAGGUCAAAAAAACACAGCAAGCAGUUAAUAUUUUAUCACUGUUUUGUCCAUCGUGUCUAACUCUGGUAUUUGUCUUACCAGCAAAAGUUUGUAACCAUUUGUCUUAUUUUUAUUGUGUGUUUGGGGUUUUUUUUAAAGCUAGAGAAGGCAUUCAUGUUUUGUACUUUUGGGAGGAAGAGGGGUCACUAAGAAGUCAACCCACAUCAGGAUGUGGAGGACUUGCACAAUAUCAGUAAGACUGUUUCCACAGUACAGGCGCUAGCUGGUAAUAGUUUUCAUUGGCAGCAACUUCUGAAUCCUGGUAGAACUUCUGGUGACCAAGGAUGGGCAUUUCACCAUAAGCAGGUGGAGGCCUGAUAGCAAUCUGUUAAAACUGCCUCUUUUGCAUCAGCAGGCUUUGAAUUAAGCCCUAGGAUGACAGGUGCCAAAAGAAAUGGUUAUAAUAUGCUGAAGAAAGUAGAAUCUCAUGUGUCUUUUAUUCCUCCAUCCACACCGGAGUAUGAAACUGCAGGAGGAUUUUCAGACGAGCCUCACACUGUAAGUCAGUGAUACCUGAGCACUGAAAUACCCUAGGCUCCUCUGAAAAUCCCAGUUAUUAAAGCAGGAGAAGAAACUUGUUGAUGUGUGUAGUGAGAUGGGUAGGUCUCACUUCAGGGUGACACAAACAUGUUUUUGCAACUACGGCAUGUUUGUGUGAGCUCCUAGAAAGCAUGUGAUGAUUUCAAAACAGCAAAGAAUUGCCGCAUCUGCAAGUGUGAGACCUGGAGAAGCAUCUAUUUUUGUACUCCAUUCUAAAUAAACAGUCAUCUCUGUCAAAAUAAAUUACCAACAAAUGUUGUUAGUCAGCUUAGCUUAGGAAAAAGGUGUGGCCUUCUUUUUAGCAGUAAUCCUAUGAAAAACUGUGGAUCUUGAGGAAACCUCCCCACUUAACUCUGAUCCCAGUCUAAGAACUGAGAUCAAGGCUCUGAAUAUUUUCAGAGUUCUGGAAAGUUAGGAUUUUUGCCUUUGUUGUGCAUUAACAUAGGAUCACUUUGAAAUGUCCUCUUUUCCUUUCAAGUAGUCUAAUUCUUAUGUAUGUAUUGCACAUGUUCUAGAACCUCUCAAAAUAGUCCAUAGCAAAUAGAAACCAUCAUGAGAGGAAAAAAUGUGAACUUAAUGUCUCGACAUACACUAAACCUUUGUCUAGACACACAGCUGUAUUAAGUGGCAUUUGUUUUUUCCUGUGUUUAUCAAAACAGAGACAGAAUGUGCACGUACUUUUGUUUGCAUAAUAGUAAUUUAUUAUAUAUUCAACAAGAUGAGUAAAGUUUUUGGAUGCUAUUCAGGCUCCAGAAGAGUAAUGCCAUAGAUGAGUAUAAAUGUAAAGGUUCCUCAGAUCAGAAGUAUCUUUUUGAUAGAGUUUAUUUAUAAAAAAAAAAAAAAGUAGGACAAUGAACCACUGUAGUGAUUUUUCCCUCUCACUAGUGUGGUAAUGAAGCAUGCAAAACUGCAGUUGCUGUUACAUUAUGAAAGGGCAAAGAAGAUAGACCAAGAAAGUAACUCUCAAAUUCUAAGAUAAACUAGGUCAGCCUGCUUUAGCUGAUACUUGCUUUUAGCUGGUCUUUGUAAUCAGACUCCUGUUCCAAACCUCACUGUUGUCAGUCUUAAGAUAUUCCAUGUAGCUGAUGAAUGAAAAAUCGGUGCAAGGUGUGUAACUGUCAAUUCAGCUUCUGUUCUUAGCUGAAUUCCUUGUGUCUCACGCUGUUAUGUUGUUGUUUACAUUACUGCUGAGUGUUGCCAAACAGGAUUUAUAAAGUGCAUCUAGGGGAUAGAAACCUGGAGUACUGCUCUUUGCAUAGAAAUCAGCCAUCCGCACUGCUAAAUUCAUUGCUGACUGUUUGGGCUGUAUCUCCAGUGCCCUUAAGUGAAGCUGGACCUCUAAACAUCAGUGUUUUUAAAAGUAUCUGCUUCUCAAAUGAGACAUUCUCUCUAUCAAAAAGCCUAUCAUCUUUGGGCUUACCAGAGACAAGAAAUUAAAUUCAGCUGCCCUCCUGUGGAAACAGUUUUAUCAUAAGGGAAGAGGGAAUAAUCUUGUGGAUUUAUCAUAACUGUAAAAGGAAAAAAAAGGCAACACAGCACUGAAAAAAAAUAAAAUAAUUUAUUGUUUUUACUAGUAUGUGAAUGGAUGUAAUGAAUUUAUUUAUUCUUAUUUAACGAAAAUACCAAUUGUGCAAAUUCUAUAUUUAAAAUGAUUUGCUAUUAUCUGUCUGUGUCUUUCUCCUCUCUUUUAAUUUAUGCUUCAGGUUUAUGUCGAAAGUACGCCUUGUGAGUUUACAUAAUGUAUGGCACUGGUUAUUUUUUUAUAUGUUUUUACUUAGAAAGCUUUCUGCAUAAAACAGGAAUAUCUGUGUAUACGUGUGUGCACACUGUAGAGAUGUGUAUUCUUUUUCUACUACCACCUUUUUCUUUGAGAAGUUGUGGAUUUUUAGUUUUGUGACACCUCAAAGCUCCUUCUUAUGCUUCCCUUCAAAAAAAAAAAAUCUUACAGCUAGCAAAUCACACAGGUCUGUGGACCUAAAAAAAAUCUCACCAUACCAGCUCCUAAAGAAGUCAUAACAACAGACUUAGUUUUGCACAGAUCCCUGCAGUUCAUGUUGCGUGCCUUGGCAAUUUACCGUCAAAGCUGGCAGAGUCUUACCCUUUGCUUCAAUGGGAGCAAGUUCAGGCUUCUAGUAAAUGGGAGUUCUCUACCUGUGAAUGAAGUUUCUCUGAGUUGUCAGGGUGGCAAGUGAGCCUUCUGGUCAAGCAGCUUCUUAGGUUUAAGUGAAAACAAGAGAGAAAGUUGUGCACCUCUAGUAAAUACUGCUGAAACAAUGUAUGAUUUGGUUUAUGAAGACUGACCCAUUAAAAAGCUACUUUUUUCAAUCUUUCCAGUGUUUAUAUACAUAUACAGUUUUAUACAUGUGGCUGUAAAAAGUCCAAAGCCCAGUUUGGAAGGCUUUUACAAUGUUUUUACCACAUCAGGCAAAGCUAAAUGCAGAAGAGACAGCAAAGUCUCUAUUCCCAGUGUUUCAUUGAAAAUAACAAUAGCUGAUUGCUUCAACUGCUACGCUCAAGGGAACUCAUAUUAGGCCCAGUGUAAGGAGGGAAAAAAAGGCAAUACAGACAAACCUGCAUCUUUUCUCUAUUCACAAAACAAAUUACUUCUGUAGCCACUUUACCAUAAGUCAAGUGGCUACAGACUGCAAAUAAUCAGCUUCAGACUGUUGGAAGCUACCUUGCUCAUCAGUGCACACAUUCACACAAUUCCAGUGUCUGCUGCUGUCAAGGCAUUCCCAAAGACCCAGAGCCAGCCACAAGGCUUAAGAUGAAAUUGUGAUGGCCAGUGGGUGAUGCUUCCUCUUGAAGACCCACUCUAAAAUGCCAGGAAAUCACUCUAAGCCUUGACUUUGAUCUUUAGGGCAGUCUUUUAAAAUUACUUGUAAGAAUGAUGUGUUAAUAACUGUGGAGUUUCAUCAGUAUGUUCAGGUGAGUGUUUCUCCUCGUGCUAAUGAAGGCCAUGCUGCUCUUUGUCACUGAGGAAGAUUAAGCCUACAGCAAGAAUGAAAAUCAGAUUUUCUGAGCAAGAGCUGCAAUUUUCAGGGCGGGGAAAAAAGGAAAGAAAAAACAGUUGGUUUGGAAGGGCUUAUUCCCUUUUUACAUUAAGUGAUGAGUGUUUAUAGUGCAUUCAUACUCACUACUGGUAACAUUUUCAGGAGAUUUGUUUCUUUACUGUGAGUACUAGCAUGUAUAGCAAAUCUAGUUCUUGUUUUGAAAAACAUUCAAAGUGCAGCCAUUUCUGGUUUUAUCAAAUGUGCCAGUCUCUUACUGUAAGAGAAAUUGUGACACUGCAAAAUGUAGCUUUGGCAUUUAGAAAAGCUUAUUACAAGGGCAAGUUGUCACGGGUAGGGUACAAAAACUGAAAACACUACAAACGUAUUCUAAGCCUUCCACAUGAGUGGUUUAAGAACUUGUCCUGCAGACAGCACUGCAAACAUCUCAACACUGUCCCACUGUUCUGCAGCUCUAAAUCAAAACUCAGUAUAUUGUUUGUCCAGGAAGUUUUCUGUAGAAGCUCAUGAUCACUGGCAGGAUACUAAAGUCAUUGUACAUCAGCCUUGCAUAGUCUGGGUUGAAACACAUAUGUGAGCACAUGUGGAACUUUACUGUGGCUAAACGAAAGUGCUUAUUUUUUGUAUACUUGUGUAUAUCUAAACACAUAAAUCUCCACAUACAAAAGUCGGUCUCCAUUACUCCUUCUCACAGGGCAAAAAUGUUAUACCAGUUUUUGUUGUAACUGUGGAAAUUCAGAGCAACUUCAUUACAUCACUUGGCUUUGCAGGAGCUGCUUCAGUCUUUUACCACUAUAACUGACAGCAUAAUUUGUCUUUUAAUUUAUAGGAACAGGUUUACACAAUUUAUCAUGCAAACUGUGAAAUUUUCAGAUAGUUUAUCAUAUGAAACAUACUCACUGGCAGUCAGGCAUACAGGCAUUGGUAAAGUCCCAUCAGAUACAGGAAAUAAUAGACUGAAUUCAAGUAAGUUGGAGACAGCUUAAUACUCCUGUAUAGCAAUAAAUCAAUUUAAUUUCUAUUGUCAGGUCAUCUGCCCAACAUCAGAUGAGGUAAAACAAGAGAGGCAUUGUAGGGAAGGCAAAUGGCAAAGUUUUUGCUUAAGUUUUCUUCAUGUGCCUCUUCAUCCACUAUAUUAGUGUCAGCAUAUUCUGGAAAGUGUCACUUUGUGCAUUACAGAUAACUUGGCUGAAAUACCAGGAACCUCUGAAAAUACAAGACCUGUCACAAAACUUUUUGUCACCCUAGUAUGUGUCUAACUGAAGAGAAGUUAACAUUUUUAGAGCACUAUGUCGUCAGUUUACAUCGUAAGUAAUAUGUUAUGCAAAAUCUAAAUUCCUUUGAAACUAAUUGUACAAGGUCUACACUGUACUAUGACACAUUGAAGGCCAAUAUUUUGUUUUGUAAACUAUGCUGUAUGUACAAUUUACCGGCUGUAAUCUUAAAACAUUUGAUUCUGUGAUUUCAGUAAAAGUAAUAAAUACAAACUGUAUCAUAGGUCCAAAAUACUUGUUC